UUUCAAUAAUAAAUUUAAAAUGAGUUAAGAAACCUUAAAUGGAAUCAAUGGAAUAUUGUAAGAUGUCUAAAGUUUUGGUUAAGAGAGUUACAGAUUUAUUAGAAAAUGUACUAAACCAGAUAAAAGAGGUAUAUGAAUGUACAAUAAAAAAAAAUAGAAUACAUUAAAAUUGCAACAUCAUGCGCUAUUGGUUUUGUAGUUAUGGGAGCUGUUGGAUACUUUAUUAAGUUAGUUUUCAUUCCAAUAAAUAAUAUUAUAUUAAGUGCCAAUUGAUUUUGUUACAUUUACAUUUUAUCAUAAAUAUACCUAUAAUGCAA